AUGCAAUUCUUGAGCACCCUCAGCGCUAUUCUGAUGGCGAUGCUUUGGCCCUUACUAGGACCAGCAUUCCACUUACCCCCUCAUUCCAAUAAUCAAGGGCCAUUCAAUCCACCGAAUGACCUGACUACCCGGCACUUCUCAUCUACAGAUGGACGCCCCAUCAACACCACAGGAAACUGGGAGAUUUGGUACUUUGACUUCACCUCGGAGGACCUGAUCACGGCCGUUGAUAUGGCUUUCAACGUGACGCCCACAAAUCCAUCGGUGCCAUCCAAUCCAACUGACGCUAUCUUGACAUUCAUCGUUGACAUCAUGCUACCGAACAAGACGCACUUCACGAAAGAAAUCAAUCCACGCAGAGCGAUUGUCAGCGAGAGUCGAGACAUCAGCUUGGGACGGUUUGAUGAUGACAAAAAUCACAUAUCAUGGAGAAGUGAUGUCAUAUCUAAUCGAGGUUCUAUCACCAUCGACAUGCCUGAGUUUGAUCUGACAGGUCGCAUUGAGUGGGAUCAGGUUGCGCCACCGCAUUUGCCCUGUGGACCUAACGAACAGGGCGGCGCAUACGAACUCGUACCGCAUCUCUGGUGGAUAAACCAAGGCCCUGAUCUCAAAGCGACAGUGAAGUUUGAGGUUGCUGGUGAGCACAUAAGCUACUCAGGAGUUGGAUAUCAGGAUAAAAACUGGGUGGAUCUGCCACUUCCCGCGAUACUAGGCCCAUGGUACUGGGGUCAUGUCCGAGUUGGCGACUACAGUUUGGUCUGGUACGAACUCGUCUCCAAGUUCGGGGGCACGUACUAUAGCAGCUACCUAGCGCAGGACGGGGAGAUCCUAACAGCUAACUGCGCCAACGACACUCUCAAGAUACGCUCAUUCGAUAAGGAUGGUGUGUAUCUUCUACCAGGCGAUACUAGCCUUCCAGCCGGUUUUACGAUUUCGAUGGAUGUGCCAGACGAUGGCCGCUUUACUGUCAAUAUUACCAACGAUGUAGUGUUUCUUCUACACCAAGCACCACCUGCUCGGCGGUGGUUUGGCCAUGCUUCUGGUGGUUUCGAGAACGAGGACCUUUCUAAAGGGUACGGGUUCUGGGAGCAGGUUAUCUAG